GGGACCCGCGCAAAGCACAAAAGGCUUCCGCAGCUGGCGUCCCCCGUUGCCUGUGGCAACCAUUGAGCGGCGCUUCGCUCUCCCUUGACCCCGCAAUGGCAGAGUAAACAGGGCCUCCAUUGGCUGGCCGGAGAAAGAAGGCCAAUCGGAGUAGAGGUUGUAAGGAGGCGGCCGAGAGAGGUUGUUGGGGGGUGGGUAGGAAGCUAGGGUUAGAGGCUACCGGUGAGGCUAGAAUCCCAGCGUGGUCGUUUGGAGCAGAUAUGUCUGUCCGGAGGCACAUUGGGAAUCCUGAGUAUCUGACCAAAAGAAUACCACAGAAUCCACGGUAUCAGCAUAUCAAGUCAAGACUGGAUACUGGUAACAGUAUGACUAAAUACACAGAGAAGCUAGAAGAGAUCAAAAAAAAUUAUAGAUACAAAAAGGAUGAGCUUUUCAAGAGACUAAAAGUUACAACUUUUGCCCAGCUGGUCAUCCAAGUUGCUUCCCUAUCUGAUCAGACACUGGAAGUGACAGCUGAAGAGAUUCAAAGGCUGGAAGACCAUGAGUCCUCGACGACUUCAGAGCCCGAUGACAGGGAAAUCAGUGCCAGGACCAACGGGAAGGGGAGCCCCGGGGAGCAGUCGCCAAGCCCCAUGCAGGUCCUAAGCAGCACGGGAGCAGGGGACUCCAGCCGCUCGACUCUGCAGAGCGUCAUCAGUGGUGUUGGGGAACUGGAUCUAGACAAAGGGCUAGUGAAGAAAGCAGAGCCCACCGCCAAAGACAAACCUUACCCCGACUGCCCCUUCCUGCUACUAGAUGUGCGAGACAGAGAUUCUUACCAGCAGUGCCACAUUAUUGGAGCUUACAGUUACCCAAUUGCAACUCUGUCUAGAACAAUGAACCCUUAUUCAAAUGACAUUCUUGAAUAUAAAAAUGCCCACGGCAAGGUCAUCAUUCUGUACGACGAUGACGAGAGGCUGGCCAGCCAGGCAGCCACCACCAUGUGUGAGCGGGGCUUCGAGAACCUCUUCAUGCUUUCCGGAGGUCUAAAAGUCUUAGCUCAGAAAUUCCCAGAAGGACUGAUUACGGGUUCCCUGCCAGCGUCUUGCCAGCAGGCCCUUCCUCCUGGCUCUGCCCGGAAACGAUCGAGCCCCAAAGUGCCACCCCUGCCAGCUGAGAAUAAAUGGAGAUUUACCCCAGAAGACUUAAAAAAGAUAGAAUAUUACCUGGAAGAGGAGCAGGGUCCUGCAGACAAUCCUAGCCGCCUGAGCCAAGCUAACACCUCUGGAAGAGACUCCAAGGUUCCAGGCACCCGCAGCGGUCAGAGCCUACCUGCCGGGGUCCCCACCGGCCCCCUGAACCCUCGCUCGCUCAACAGCGGCCACCUGCAAGGCAAGCCCUGGAAAUAAAGACUUUGUCUGUCUUAGUCGAAUAAAUACUUUUUCUCCUUUUGGAACUUCCCAGGGGUUCCAAGUUGGUCAUUUUCAGAAACUGCUGCACAGGAAAGACCCCCCUGCGUGUGACAGGCCCUCUUCCCUCUGCCCCGGGGCCAGCACUUGCCUGCAUUCAGCUCGGAAGGAGUUUUACAAAAACCAGAGGCAUGACAGGCUCUAGCGUCCUCCCUGUUGUUUACAGAAUAUUUAAGUUUCUGAAACUGAGCAGGAAAAAAAAAAGUCUAAUGUUUUAGGUCCUUAAAAAAAAAAAAAAUGGCCCAGCUUGUAUUGGGUCAUAUCUUGCAUUGUUUUGUAAAUUCUUCAGUCCCAUCUGGUAUGUUCUUCCCAGGCAGUUCUUUUUCACUCAUGAUCUUGGUUUCAUGAAGAUUCUCCAGGUGGACUUUGCAGCAGCCAUCUCGGGGUUGGGGGAUGUGGAAGGUUGGGGGAGUGGGUGCUUCUCACCUCUCAGCACCCCCCAGCCGUGGGCCCACUGGUCUGUUAUGAGUUGGGAGGCGACGGGGGACACCUGGAGCAUUGCUUGGUUUUCGGGUGUGUUAGAGCCACCCUCACACUCCCUGAGUGUCCCUCCCCGCUGGCUGUUUUCCUGAACCAGCCCUGUAACGAUGCCCUCACACAGGGCAUGAGGGCUCCUCACCAGGACGCCCUGUCUGCCGGACAGUCCUGUGUUAGGGCCACUGCUGCAGCCCCACUGCCUACCCUGACCUGCCCCUCAUCGGCGGUCGGUCUCCUCGUUGUACAUUUCCACUCCCCAGCUCAGGCCCGUCCUUCUUGGAUGGAUAGAAAUUAUGGCCCCUUGAAAACAGCAGCGUCAGUUGGGCGACCUCAGGCAAACAAGGUGAGGACAACUCCAUGGUCCUUUGUCAGGGCUGACAGCCCCUUGAAGCCCUAGCUUUAAAAUACAGUAUUAGUCUAAUUGAGUAAUUAGUGCAAUUUCCUGCUUACUUUUCAUUCUCAUGACUGAGCUGUGAUUAGGAGGUUGUGAUUACAGAUUCUGGUUUGGGCCAGAAUUUUGAAUCAGCAUUAAUUGAAUUGCUAGGUGACUGACAUUCAUUCCAUUUAAUUGGAGGAACAAAAGACCUCAGGUAAGGAUGAGGGACUCCGAAAUCAUCAGGCAAAGGGAAAGAGCCUUGUUAAUUUUUAUGGUCUGUGAUUUGUAGCUGUGAUAAGGGACUGAGGAAUAAAUUGUGCACUUUGUCAUGGCAACCGGCUUCUGAAAAGCCAACUGAAAAUUGCCUGUCCUUAGGUGGUUCCUGCUGCCGGUUAGAUUUGCCUUAACGGGACCAUUUUCUUGCCACCAAAAAAAAAAAAAAAAAAAGGGAAGGAAGGACGGAAGGAAGGAAA